AUGGGGGCUGGAGAAGAUAACUCACCUGCUAAGCAUUCCAAACCUGCUCCAACUCAGGAAACACCUCCACCUUCAUAUGCUGACUGGUCAAACUCAAUGCAGGCUUAUUAUGGUGCUGGGGGAACUCCACCUUUUUUUGCUUCAACUGUUGCUUCUCCAACUCCUCAUCCCUACAUGUGGGGAGGCCAGCAUCCUAUGAUGUCACCAUAUGGAACUCCAGUUCCAUAUCCAGCUUUAUAUCCACCAGCUGGAGUUUAUGCUCAUCCUAAUAUGCCUAUGACUCCAACUACUGCUCCACCAAACACAGAAAUGGAAGCAAAGGCGUAUGAAGGCAAAGAAAGGUCAACUACUACUAAUAAAAAGUCAAAGGGUAUUUCUGGAAAUGGAAAUGUUGGUGUUAGAACUGGAGAGAGUGGAAAAGCAGCAUCAAGUUCAGGGAAUGAUGGAGGUGCCACCCAAAGUGCUGAUAGUGGAAGCGAUGGUUCUUCAGAUGGAAGUGAUGAAAAUGACCAAAAUGAAUUUUCUGGAGGCAAGAAAGGAAGCUUCAAUCAGAUGCUUGCAGAUGCAAAUGCACAGAAUAACAAUAUACAGACACCGGUUCCCGGGAAUCCUGUAGCUUCAAUUCCAGGCACCAAUCUAAACAUGGGAAUGGAUUUGUGGAAUCCGGCCGCCGGAAACACCGCCAUCAAAAUGCGACCCGGUGUGUCUCGUGGGGUGGUGCCGCCUCCCAUGAUGCCUGAUCAGUGGGUUCAGCAGGACGAGCGUGAACUGAAGAGACAAAAGAGGAAGCAGUCUAACCGUGAGUCAGCCAGGAGAUCAAGAUUGCGUAAACAGGCGGAAUGCGAAGAGUUACAGACGAGAGUUGAGGCGCUGACCAGUGAAAAUCAUACGCUUAGAGAUGAGCUUCAGAGGCUCUCUGAAGAAUGUCAGAAGCUUACUUCUGAAAAUAAUUCCAUAAAGGAUGAGUUGACCAGGUUUUGUGGACCAGAGGCAGUGUCGAAGCUUGAUGAAGGAAACAGUUGAGAAAGAGAGAGAUAUAGCGGAAAAAAGUUAGUGAUAAAAGUUAUAAAAUUAGGACUAAAUCUUUUCAACUGACGUGAGAGACUAAUAUGUUGUGUUUUUUCUACUUUUCUUCAUAUACAUGUAACUGUAAGUUGUAAUUUUUUUAAAAAAAUUUAUAAGUUACUGUUUUAUAUCUCGUUCAUUCAUACUUCAAACAGACGUAGAAAGCUUGAUGUACAAGUAUUAUGUGGUUGAAUGUUGUAAUGGAACAGAUGGGGUUUAAUUUCA